AAAAAUAAUGUGUCCCACGGAUUAAAAUUGUUCUCGCCGCCACUGCCUAGUCGUUAAUAGUGUUAGUACUCUAAAGAAAGUUACUUCAUCAAACAACUAACAAGUAUAUUACGCAACAAAUCUUUUACAUAUCGUAUCCGCAACACCUGCACGAUGCUCACAACGAUAUGCCGUUCUUGCCCCACGCCAGUAUACCGCACGGAUCGAGCGUCCGAAAGUUGAUGGUCACAUUUUUGCGGAAAGAACGCUACGUGGUUCAUUAUAUGAAUUUAAAACAGGCCAUGGCCCACGGUGUUUUAGUCGAAAAAACUCACAGAGUGUUGGAGUUCCACCAAUCUCCGUGGCUAGCCCCGUACAUAAAUCUGAACACGGAAUUACGGAAGCAGGCUGCUAACAAAUUCGAAGAACAAUUCUUUAAGGAUCUAAAUAAUUCGGUGUUCGGUAAGACGAUUGAAAACAUGCGGAAAAGAUUUAAUUUGGAACUCGUAUCGUGUCCCGUCAGAAUAUGAAAGCUCAUAAACCGUCCAACGUUCAAGUAUUGCACUACUUAUGGUGAAGAUCUCUCGGUGGUUAUCCAGCAUAACAGUGAAGUAGAUUUCUGUAAGCCCAUCUAUAUAGGAUUUUCCGUACUAGAACUCAGUAAAGUUUUAAUGUACGGAUUUCAUUAUGAUGUCAUGAAGCGACAUUACGGCGAUAAGAUUGAUUUGCUAUACACCGAUACUGGUGCGUAUACAAUAUGAAGUCUUGAAUAACAAUAUAUAUAUUAUAUUAUAUUAUUAUUAUUAUUAUUAUUAUUGUAUAUUUCAGAUUCACUAUUCUAUCGUGUGGUGACGAAUGAUUUUCACGACGACUUGAUAGACAAUCUGAAUCUUAUGCGGUUUAUGGAUACCUUGAAUUUACCGAACGACCACAAGUGCUAUUCGACUGCUAGGAAACGGAUUCCAGGCCUGUUCAAGAAUAAGACCAAUGGCCGUACCCUUUACGAGUACAUAGCGCUGCGUGGAACAGGACGUCUGCAUUCGCGCAAAAGGUGUUAUGAGGCACGUGUUUCGUAAUCAUUUAACGUUCGCCGAACACAAGCGAUGCUUGUUUGCCAACGAUGUCGACGAUGUAGAAUCGUACGAGUGCGACGAUGAAUUCGACGGUAACGUGGAGGAAAUGAUUGCAGCCGAUUCCGCACUGAAAGCUGUCGCCCAAAUACAUCGAAUUGCCUCAACGUCUGCUGCGUCUCCGUCGACGGCGGUCACACCAUCCCCAGCACAUUGUUAUAGCCACAUGCCUUUUACUCCGUAUAGAGAAAAUGUUUCUAUAUGAUUGUUUAAGCAUGAAGUGCGCAU